GGCCUUCAGCUUCCAUGAUCAUUUCUCAUUCUGUCCUACCGGCAGGAUUGCAUACCGGGCAAAAUUUACAUUUUUAUCAUUUGACUGACUCUUUCUGUUGGUAAGAAGAUCAACCUCUUUCUUUUCAGUCAAAUCUAUGUGACUCCCACUUGAAUAUAGCUGCUCAUAUAACUGCUCAUGGUAAGGGUGUAGUUUGCAAGCGUCUGCUUACACUAGCAGUGAAAAAACCACUCAGAAAAAACACUGCUUGUCCCUUUACGAUUUCGCAAAAAUAUGCGACCGUACUGUGAUGUAAACUAAAUGUAUAUAUUUUAAAAAUAAUAAAACACACACGAUAUAUAGAGACGAAAAAAAGAGUGAUGCCAGAAAAAAAGAACAAUAACACUACUGUAUGUAGAGACUAAAACAGGACAAGAAAAGAACGUGACAUCCUGUGUUUGCGGCACGUGCCGCUAACAUAGUUGCAAAAUCUCCUGAAGAAAUGUAAACCCGUGAAACAGAAGUCAAAUUUGACUUUCAUUAUCUCGUCCAAUUUAUCAUUCAGCAUAGGUAAUAUAAAUUCUAAAACUGUUCAUCACUUCAAAUGAACAAGUGACUAUAUAAGAAGCAUGAAAAGUUCUGCGAACAUUGCAACAAAUCUUAAUUGUAAAAACUCAUACUAGAGUAUUCAAAACUGACGACGCCAGUUUUCUCUUAGAACCAACAUGCUACUCCAACGUCGAUAUUUGUUCACAUCUAAACUGAGUUUUUCUAUAAUUCUGUUGUUUUCUCUCCAUCCAAAAUCUUAACUGUGGAUUUGAAUUAAAAUGAUUACAAGUUUGCUAAAUCUUGUCUAUGGCUUUUCACAUUCCGAUGACAGAGUUUUUAGUUAUCAUCUAACCAGUAUAUGCUAAAAGUUUGAACUUGAUAAGUUUGAAGCAUGGCCAAACUAUUGGUGUCGCGAAGCUUAAGAUUACACUAAAUUAUUUUGUCUUUGUGUAUACAUAGCAACAUUACUUAGUCGCUUUCUUUCUUCUUCGGUCAAAUGAGUCAUAUUUUCAUUCGCUCGUCAACGUUGAGUUGAAAUUUUCCAGUUUAAAAUACAGAACGCAAUACAUCGACAUUACGCUGUGUGUAUAAAAACAGAAUUAAAUGAUUCAUUUCAGCCAACAAGUUGCUCUUAGAAUCGAUGGGGAAUAGACAUGGAAGGAGACAGCGACAAGAACCGCAAGCAGGUCUCGUCGACUUGGCGGAGAAAACGGUAUCUCCACUACCUCUCAUAUGGCUCGAUGUUUCGCUUGAUUCUAUUCCAUCUGAAACCCUUACUGUUCAAGAAGAAUUUCAAUUAACGUUCACUGUCACAUUAUUUGAUGAUGAAUUAGAUUGUGAAGGCUUUAUUCGUGAUCUUCCACUCACGAAAAAGAUUACAAAAGUCAAACGUGUUCAACUUGAUCAGCUUCUACGUCGCGUAAAAGCAUUUCAAGCCAGGUGGUACCGCAAUGUGACCGAAUCACUUUCAAUCAACUAUUUUAAACAGGACAAAAAUACCAGUGAAGAUCGUUCAUCUACAGACAUUAACGGUUCAUUUCUUUUUUCUCAACUACUGAUCAACACGCUUCUUCACAUGAAUUCUUUAUCAACAGACAUGAACGAAUUAGUUGACGUUUGUACAAGAGAAUAUGCUGGGAAUGCAAGUCAACUCAAACAAGUCGAACUGUUUUAUAAUAAUUAUACUCCAGAUGAAUGUUUACGCUGGUAUACGAAGCAAACGUUUCUUUAUAUUCUACUGAACAAGUCUCUUCGCGUUCAGAAUAUCGAACUCCUCUUUCUCUAUCGCUUCUUCAUUCGUGACACUCAACGAGAACUAGCCAAAAAUCAAUGUAAAUCUCCAGUGAAAGUCUAUCGUGGCCAAAUGAUGUCAUUGCGCGAGCUUGAUCGACUGCGCAAGUCCAUUGGUGAUAUUAUCUCAAUGAACUCAUUUCUCUCUACAAGUCUCGAUCGACAGUUAGCUGAAUUCUAUGUCGAAGGAGCAGCGAUCGGUUCUCAUGGAGAGCUAGACUCUGUACCUGUUCUAUUUGAAAUUGAUGCUCAUCCAAGUGUUGCAAGUACUGAAAAACCAUUUGCAAACAUCUCACAAUUUAGUGAGUUCGCCGAAGAAGAGCAAGAAGUGCUGUUUAUGCUUGGUUCUGUUUAUCGUCUCAAUGGCAUUCGUGAAGAAAAUCGAAUGUACGUCGUGUCGAUGAACCUUUGUAACAUUGGCGAACACGAAUCGAAUCGUUUGUUAGACGUAAUGAAACACGAUUACAAUAUUCGCACGUCGAAUUCGCUUCGCACCUAUGCUUGUGUGCUAGUCGGUAUGGGUAAGCUUGAUAUAGCCGAAAUGUUUCUCCGACGUGUUUUACGCGAACUUUCGCUUUUGUCAGUAUCAACUGGACAGCAAGAGCAGACGAUCGAACAUGCAAGUUGCGCAUUCAGUUUAGGACAAAUUGCUUGGUACAAAGGCCAGCACGAUAGUGCUCUUGAUCAUUUCAGACGAGCGCAUCAGACGUUCAUCACCAUACCGUCACCAACGACAGCCGAAAUGUUACGGUGCGGGGCAACCGAAAUAUUUCUUGCCAAUAUUUACCGGGACAAAAAGAACUUUAGACAAGCACUUAUAUAUUACACUAAUGCUCUCUCUACUUUCAAGCGAUAUCCUCUGGAAGCUCAGAUGCACCUCGCCGAUUUGUACUCGAAUAUGGGAGUGCUCUAUCGACUCAGAAAGCAAUAUGAUCAGGCUCAAAAUUUUAAUGAAAAAGCCAUGGCAAUACGGACAACGUGUCUCCCUCCAACACAUCCUGACAUUGCCAGUUCUCAUAGAACCCUUGCUGAAGUUCACGUUGAACUGAAUGAGUUUAACAAGGCUCUCGAACAUGGUGACGCAUCGAUGUUGAUCGAAAAUACACCUAAUACAAUACUUGAUCAAUAUCGCUGUCACGUCACACCGUUACGAAAAGACCUUAUUUUAAAAUUUUGA